CUCACCCCCAUCGCUCAACCUUCCUCCGCUUCCCUACUCUCGCCGAGCUCUUGAGGAUUUCUCACCAAGAUAUAGUAGGCCACCCCUUCAAACCGAAAAACUUUUACUCUAGGCACAUUUUCAACAAACCGAAAGGGCUCUCCCCUUCCGUUAAGCUCAAAACUUUCAUCUCCAUUCCAAUUCGACCUCACCUCGCCUCAACACUACCAACACGCCAUCCGAAAUGGCAUCACCAUCACCAAGUCCCCCUUCUCUUUCACCUACUCCUCAUCCCAAUCAGCUCCCCCCACCAACUGCUCCUCCCCAGAGCAAACGCGAUAAACGUAGACACGCCUUGAGCGAAAAGCUCACUGCCCUCACGACAUCGUUCCAUAAUCCUACUAACCCCCUUGUGCGGGACCUACACUACCGAGCACAACUUGCGUCUAUCCAGGCUGAUAUCCAUCUAAUCACCAAAUGCGAUGCUUCUGGACGGGAUAUGCGGCUCUUGGAUGAUUCGCCGGAGCGUAUCCAGGUGCAAGUUGAUGAGGAGCUUGAACGGAUGGGUUUAUCCGACCUAGUUUCUUCUGCCAACGGGGCGAGGGCUGGAGCCGGUCCUGGGGCUGCGGGCAAGGAAGAUGCGAGCGGAGUGGGAGUUACGGGAAUGGCAGGAAGAUGGUAUGGACAUUUUAUUGAGGCUGUGAAUGAGGGGAUGGAGGAGAGGGAUGCUCAACUUUCUCUGCUUCACAACAACUAUAACCAUAAAGUAGCAUCCCUAGAAUUCCAACACAAGCGCUCAAUAGUCCUCGCUAGGAGCGAACACCAAUCUCUGACAAACACAAUUCAAACUCGUCUAAUGGCCCGCUUAAAAACGCAACUUAAAAAGCUCGCCGCAGAGAAAGAAUCAACAUCCUCAGCAGCCUUAUCUUCACUAUCCGCCCUUUCAACAUCAGUCUACACAGACCUCACAGAAACUAACGCUCUCCUCCUCCACCCUUCUCAAUUCGGCAUGGUCCCAUGUCUCUCCUCGCCCUCCCGCCCUACAGAAGAAGAGAAAGAAACCCGCCGCAAACCCCGCCGUCGCGCGGGCGAAGUUGAAGAACUCCUCUCUUUUGGUGUAGGCAUAAACUUUGACCUACCAAGCUCGACCAGCAAGCGCAAGCGUGCCGCCCGUCGUGACAGGGAAGAAAUUGAAGAAACCCACACACCGCCCAUCCACGAGGCCGCGAGCCCAUCCUCUAGUUCGGCGAUCAUGAACUUUGACCCCUCCUCCUCCUCCCAGCAAAAAAUAGACCGUGAAGCCCUCCGCCGCAAGAGGGAAGAACUCCUCAAGCAGGUCUACGCACCAGUCUACUCCUUCGACAAACUCUUCACGGAGAAGGAAUUGCAAAUGGCCGGGAAUCAAGCUUCACUUGCUGCCGUACGGUUUUUUACCGAGAGGCCGCAGAUGCAUUACGAUGAUGGGGACUCUGAGGAGGAUAAUGUGGACCCGGGCAUUGUCACUCCGCAUCCGGAAUUAGAAAUCGACGAGGAGGUUACCAACGGGAAUUAUAAUACCAGAUCGAAUCCGCCCAGGCACACCCGUGAGAUUGAAAGUCUUGUGCUCAAUGGUGUUCCCGGGUUUGGUACUACAUUUGUUAAUAAAGCAGGCGUUGCACCGCCGCCACCCGCGCUUCGUAGUGAGGAGGCGGAUGCAGAUCUUGCCGCCAUGAGAGGUGAGGUCGUGAGGAAUGGGGAUGGUGAGAGGGAGGGGAAGAAAGUGAGGAGGAAUUAA